GAACUGAAUUAAUAAACCAUUUCCGUUUAUUUUUAAAUACUCUAAACGAACACUGCACGCACCGCUAAGAACCAGCGGCUUUGUGCAAAGAGAGAGAAGCGAGCGUGCGAGUCGGACAGGCAUGGAGAGGCUGAGGGGGAGAGGCACUGUGUCACUGGCGGCGUGCGGCGUCGUGAUGCUGCUGCUGCUGCUGGCGGAAGUUGCUUCAGUCCGGUACAUCGUCGGAGGGAAUAUGGGGUGGAGCAACAAUGUCAACUACACUAUCUGGGCCCAAGGCAAACACUUCUACAACGGCGAUUGGCUCUUUUUUGUGUACGACAGGAACCAGAUGAACGUGCUGGAGGUGAACAAGACCGACUACGAGACCUGCAACUCCGAUCAUCCACGCCACAACUGGACCGGAGGAGCCGGAAGAGACGUGGUUCCGCUUAACGUCACUCGCCAUUACUAUUUCAUCAGCGGCAAGGGCUUCUGCUACAACAGCAUGAAGGUGGCCAUCCGCGUCGAGAACCCGCCGCCGCCGCCUGUUGCUUCCCCCGUCAAGAGCGCCGCACCCCCGUUCAUGACUCUCAGAGCCCAGAUCGUUGUCCCGGCCGUUUUCGCCAUAGCCGCCGUCUGGGACUCCUUCCUUGGGCUCUGGUAGCAGCAAGUACGCCACUUCUGCCGGAAUAUUGUCGGCCUCAUUGGAAUCCGUAUUUUAAACCAAUCGUGGAAGAAAAUUGAGUUGUGUUCAACUGUUUUUCUUGGUGAUUUUUAUUUUCUUUUAAUUCAGAUAAUUGGGCUGUUUUUUGUUUUUGUUGGUGCCUUGAGCUGUCAAUUUGAGACCAAACUUAAAUUAAAUAAUUAGUUAUAAUUUAAAUUAAA